UCUGAAGCCUGAUGUUGCCUGCAGUAGGUUGAUCGUCUCUGGACGUUGAUUCCUGUGUGAGUGGCGGAUGCCGAUUUGAGUCGCUGAGGAGAAGUCAGAUUCUAAAAAUAUUUUUUCCUUUCUCUAUGGACUUAAUAUAAAAUUAGUUUCGUUUGUGUUUUGGGUUUAUUUUCUAAAUAGCAACAUAAACCCUUAUCUGUUACAAAGAAAUUGGGUACUUAAACCAUGAGUUGUGGAAAAGAGUUUGUGGAAACAUUAAAAAAAGUCAAUUAUCCCAAAGCUGAUACUCUUAAUGGGGAAGAUUUUGACUGGUUGUUUGAGACUGUUGAAGAUGAAUCAUUUCUGAAGUGGUUUUGUGGGAAUGUGAAUGAACAGAAUGUAUUGUCUGAAGAAGAAUUGGAAGCUUUUAGCAUUCUUCAAAAAUCCGGCAAGCCUAUCCUAGAAGGAGCAGCAUUGGAUGAAGUUCUUAAAACCUGUAAAACUUCUGAUUUGAAGACAUGUAUCUUGGAUGACAAAGAGCUAGAGAAAUUAGAGGUUGAGGUUCAGACUCUGCAGAAAUUGAAGAACCUAAAAAUUCAGCGACGUAAUAAAUGCCAGUUGAUGGCUUCAGUAACAAGCCACAAAUCUCUGAGGUUAAAUGCUAAAGAAGCAGCGGCCACUAAAAGGCUGAAGCAGAGUCAAGGGAUUCUAAAUGCUAUGAAUACCAAGAUAAAUAAUGAACUUCAGGCUCUUACUGAUGGAGUUGCUAAAUUGAUGAUGUUCUUCAGACAUUCUAAUUUGGAUCAAAGGACAAAUCCACUGGUGUUUUUAUCUCAGUUUUCCUUGGAAAAAUAUCUAAGCCAGGAAGAGCAAAGCACAGCAGCAUUAACUUUAUAUACCAAAAAACAGUUCUUUCCGGGUAUACAUGAAGUAGUUGAAAGUUCAAAAGAAGAAAAUUUUCAACUUUUAGAUAUACAAGCACCAUCUAUUUGUGAUAAUCAAGAAAUCCUUGAGAAGAGAUGGCUAGAGAUGGCUAGGCUGCAGCUAGCCUACGUUUGUGCUCAACAUGAGUUAAUUCACUUGAAAGCAAGUAAUUUGAGCAUGAAGUCAAGUAUACAGUGGGCAGAGGAGAAUCUUCAUAGUCUCACUAGCAAGGCUCUUGGCAAAGAUAAUUUGGAAGCUAAAAUUUCUAACUUGAGUAGUGAGAUUCUGAAACUUGAAGAACAAAUCUCUCAUAUGAAAGAUAAAAGUUUGCCUGCUGUGGUAAAAGAGAAUGCCCAGUUAUUGAAUAUGCCAGUUGUAAAGGGAGAUUUUGAUCUACAGAUUGCUAAACAAGACUAUUAUACAGCAAGACAAGAGUUAGUUUUAAAUCAGUUGAUAAAGCAAAAGGCAUCUUUUGAACUUCUACAAUUAUCAUAUGAAAUUGAAUUGAGAAAGCAUUGGGACAUAUAUCGUCAACUUGAACAUUUGGUUCAAGAACUUAGUCAAAGUAAUACCAUGCUCCACCAGCGAUUAGAAAUGCUAACAGACCCAUCAGUAUCUCAGCAGAUAAAUCCGAGGAAUACCAUUGAUACCAAGGACUUUUCUACCCAUAGGCUUUAUCAACUUUUAGAAGGAGAGAAUAAGAAAAAAGAAUUAUUUAUAACCCAUGGAAACCUGGAAGAAGUGGCUGAGAAAUUAAAAAAGGAUGUUUCUUUAGUACAAGAUCAAUUGGCAGUAUCUAUUCAAGAACAUUCUUUCUUUCUGUCCAAACUGAAUAAUGAUGUGGAUAUGCUUUGUGAUACUUUGUAUCAAGGAGGAAAUCAGCUUUUGCUUAGUGAUCAGGAGUUAACAGAGCAGUUACAUCAAGUUGAAUCCCAACUGAAUAAGCUAAAUCAUCUUCUUACUGAUAUUCUUGCUGAUGUGAAGACAAAAAGAAGAAUUUUGGCAUCUAAUAAACUGCAUCAAGUGGAAAGAGAAUUAUAUGUAUAUUUUUUAAAAGAUGAAGAUUAUCUGAAAGAUAUUGUGGAGAAUUUAGAAAACCAAUCAAAGAUUAAGGCCGUUGGUCUUGAAGAUUGAAAAUUACUAAAAACUGAAUCUUUACUACAUAUGCUGUUUUAAUAUUUUAUAUAUUAGGAAAAUAUAGCUAAUAAACCCUACUAAAAUUUUAAAUUUGAGGCCCAUGGAACAUUUCAUUUAAUUCAUUCAAGUACUACAUCGUUUGGUUUUUUCCUUAUAUAGUAUGUUCAAAGUACCGCCAGUGCUUUUUAUGAAUUAACCAUUUGCUUGGUGGCAAUUAGUUCCGGUAACCUUUUACUUACAGGGAAAAAGCAUUAUUAUAUAAUGCAAAUAUUUCUUAAUAGAAUUAGUUCUAGCUCUCCUUUACUUUUUUUUUAGAAAUAGAAAUUUUCUGCUGUUAUAUAUUUUAAACUUUUGUAAAACUUUGAAUCAGCAUUGUUAAACCUGUGGACCCUAGUAUACGGAAGAGCCAAGUCCCCUCAUAUUUGGGUAUAAAGUAAAACUCAGCCACUCAAACUGUGUAAUUCCUUAAUUCCCUGCUAUAGACUUUGAGACUCGACUCCUGUUUGCAUCCCAAAGAAUGUCACGUGUCCUUCGACCAUUGUUCAUUUUAGCAGCUGUGUCCUGGGGGCUCAAAAUUUCUGCAGGACAGAUCUUAGCGGUUUUGGACUUCAGUGUGACUUACACAUUUUGAAAAUACCGUACAAGUGGUUUCUCAGAGGAUGUAUAAUGCUAUUUUAAUCGGUUUCUCUGGAGUGAAAAUAGUUAAGUGUUAGAUUGUAUUAGUUGGGGUACAGAUGUAUUCUUUGGACAAUUAGAAAUUAUUUUGAAUGGUAUGAAAUCCUUUGAAGUAGCUUAUUUAUCAGUUAUGACAUCAAAUGCUUCUUGAGUGCUUGAUUUAUAUGUGGCCUGUGGUAUAUACUAUGUAAGCUUUACAGAGGAAGAAGGUAGAGCUAUUACCUUCAAGAAUAUUCCUAAAAAAAAAAAAAAUUCCUGUUCCAGAAUAUCUUGCCUUUUUAAUAUGGAAUGCCAGUCUAAACGCCAUGCAUUUUAGGUGGUCCUUGUGGAAUUCUUUAGCUAUGAUCAUCAGAACAUGGGUAUGCUUAGGUGAUAGAUAAGUCUUGAUAAUUUUUAUAAUCUGUUGAACGAAAAUAUCUUGCCAAUUAUAGUAUUUGUACCUUAUUUAAAUAUUUAUAUUAAGUAGAUCUAAAUGUGUACGAAAAAUUUGUAACAAAUUUUGUCUAAGAUUUUCGUAUUAGCUCCUCAUGGGUGACUUUUGUUCCUUUUUAAAUUUUUUUUCCUCUUCUACAGUGGAAUAGAGAAUUUAUUUCAAAUUUUUCUUUUAUCCAGUAAUGUGGAAAAAUAUGUCACCGGUUUCCUGGCUCAUGGAAUAGCAAAUUCUGUCUAGAUUUGUACCAAAUAUGAUGUAUGACCAGCUACUUGAUGAUUUGUACUGUCCCUUCCAGACCUUUACCCACUCAGCCCAGGGGCCAGGCAAGCUGAGCAGUAUACCUGAAAGGAUGUCAGGUUUUGUGUCUAUCAUAAUUACCCAAGUCCAUUAAAAGUAAUUUUUCUGUAAUUAGAUUUGAAUAUUUGAAGAUUUUAACAGCCAUUGGUUUCAGACCUCAGAAAGUAUUUGGAUUGCUCACUUCAAAAUUGGUUAGCUAGAAAUGUGUUCUUUGUUCCCUGUUUACCAGGAUAUUCCAGUUGAGCCUCUAACCAUCUUGCUCGCUUCUUACUAUUGAAUCGGUAAUUAUGGAGGCAACUGCUACCUAUUUUCUGUGGUCAUUAAUAGAGUAAUUUGUAUGAAUGCCUCUGGCUGUAACAUUUUCAAAUAACGUGUUUCUUAUUUUGAAGUCUCAAAAUUAAUACGUGGAUGUUAUGUUUAUCUUAUGUUUAGGAUUUAUGAAAAUGGAAAAUUAUGAGGCAUUUGUAGGCUUUGAUCUCUGUAAGGUACCCCUGUCCAGUGCUGCACAGAAGAUUAUGUCUGCUGUGCACUCGGGUGAUUCAGUGGAGUCUAAGAACUGGAGAGAGAGUGAAAAGAGCAUUUCUAUCCGAGAGUUCCUGAGAAUCUGCUUCAACUGUUUAAGUAACCUCAGAGAGCUGGGCUCUUUCACAGUGCCCCUCGCUUCAGCCUUAGCUCUUGGGUCUUCGGACACACAGGGACAUAGUACUUGUUUGCUGUGUGUGGUGGAUGGGAGAAGGGUGUUUGACAGUGUGUGUCUUAGCUGCCCAAGAGCUAUGAGCUCUCAGGUGUGUGUGUUUAUGACGUGAUGUCACGCAGCAGCAGUGGCGUGGGCGCACAAGUGUGACUGAGACAUUCGGAACACCAGUUCUUUGUUUUACUAGCAAAGCAGUUUGUUGUUGUUUGUGCCUUAAUAUUUAAGCCUGGGCUAAUAAUUUGUCGUUUUUUAUAGAGUAAGUUAUACGUGAGAUGUAAUUGUGAUGAAGUAAUUGAGAGCAUUGACAAAUAGUGCAAAGGCUAUGUAAGUGCAGUUCUUGAUUAGGAUAUAGUAGCACCAAACAUUUCGAUCUGCUCAUAUUUAGGAAUCUGUUGCUCGUGAGCCUCAUUAUAGAAAGUCACUGAUAAAUGAACUGCUAGCAAGUUUUGUGUAUGGACCACAGACCUAGAAGUUGAAAAUGUUUUGGGGAAUGAGGGGUGGAUAGUAAAGAAAAUAAAUAUUUAAACAUCA